UUUGGAGGCGACUCCCGACGACGGGGCCGCCUGUCACAGAAGAGUAGAGCGGUGCGAGGCUUGCGGAGCGCGCUCGGACAGUGCGUGUGUAUGCGCGCGUCCGCGACGACCGGCCGACGCGAGCGAUGUCGACGACGAUGACGAGGACGAUGCUCGAGCCGACAUUCUGCUCGAGUCCGUCGGUGACGAACGGCAACGGCAGGCUCGCCGAGGAGCACCGGCAGGCCGCGCCGGCGAGACGACGCUGGCCGCAGAUCGAGUGGACGUUCAACGAGUGGACGUUCAGCCUGGCGCUCUUCGCGUUCUCGCUCGCCGUCGUCCUCGGCAAGCUGUACGUGAAUUAUGGAACGCCCUUGCCACGGCAAGUCGGCGCUCGAUUCUCGUCGUCGAUGGCAACUCGAGUGUACGAAGCGAUCCCGAGUAUAUCCGUCUUGCCGAAAUUCGAGCAAUUAUCGGUGGGCAGCGAGAGGCUCUUGAACGCCGAUAAUCAGUACGCGGAGGCAGCUAUUCACGGGCUGAUGGCGUUUUACGAGAAAUACAUAUGGCUGUUGAAAGCGAUGACGAGCGGACUCGUGUUAACAGGCUUCACCUGGUUCAUCCUUUACAUGGACAGCAGUAUACCCGGUGUCAAUCCACCGGCUCCCUUCAGUCCUUCCAAACAGAGGUUACGCGAAGGCUCGAGGAUACAGAUGAAUUAUUUAGUCGGCGCGCUAAAUGGGAUAGUGUGCUUCGUCCUCUACCUGUGGCUUUAAUUCGACGAAGGCGUCGUCGGUUUCCGAGAGAUGGUUCUAUUUUUCUUUCGUCUAUUUAUGUAAAAUUAUUUAUUUUACUUAGUUAUAUCGUCGGUAGCAAAUGUGUGAUUAUUUGAUUACGAUUUAUUCACGAGUGAGUCUCAUACAAGAAAAACGAAAAUGCUAACGCACUGAGAGAAAGAGAGUGUCGAAUGAAAAGAAUAUUUCUCGAUUCGACUGCACGCGGACGGUCAAGCGGACAUUUGCUAUUUCACGAAAAUGUCAUGUUUCGACAACUAAGACGUUCAACUCAAAAGUAUAUAAAUAUUUGAACGAAGAAAUGACCGUGUCAAUUCGACACAUUUAGGCGUGUCGACCACUUUCUUUUCUCAGCUUGUUAGAGAAUCUUAGUGUUCUGUAGCUCUUUGUCGAUUAACGUACUGCGAUAUUACGUAACGCUUUCGUAAGUAGCUGUAGUCCCUAAGUCAAAAUCAAACGUCGCGUAGGCAUGUUUUCCAAAAUGUAAAGGUGCUUCUAACGAUGCGAUCCGCUCUGUUAGCACGAGAGGAACUUGUUCCGCUUCUGUGUGUAUUAGCAGUCGUCGCUGCUAACGGGACAAGUAUGCAGAAAGUAUUGAAACCCGGUGCAGGGUUUGCGUAACAACCAAAAACGUCAAAGUACAAAAGAGAGACCAGUGUUCCAUAUUCUCUUCUCCAAAAUUUUACAUAGUUAUCUAUUACCGUUUAAGACUGAUCGAUUAUCUGAUUAAAGGGCAUAUUUAUUGAUAAGCUAGAGUAAGUGUUGCGAGAUACACAGAAUAUAUAUAUAUAUUUUUUUUCAUGCUUAUAUAAAAAUAACUGCUAGAAGUGUGAGGCUACGAGUAAUAUUAUAUUUAAUAUUUAACGCGUCGUUACGUAUAUUUUUGAAAAAUCUCAUUAGGUAGCUAACAUGCCGAGAAUAUGUUGCGGCAAACAACGCGCGCAUGAGACACACUUGUACACUUCAAUUCUUUCGACAAACAAGAGAUUUGAGUGGCGAUUAAAUGCAUCGCGGCUCCAGUCUCACAAAUAUCGAACUCAAAAUUACUUGCGAUUGUGAACGAUUAUAACAAGAACACACAAAACAUUAUAAGCACUUGUAAAAAUUGCGAAAUAUUUUCUAAAUUAAUAUUUACAUGUCACAGAGAUUGAACGAAAUGAUUCUCGGAGGUUUGUCGCGCGGUAAGAGGCUUCCUCUUCCCUUCCGAUCGUCGCAGAAUUAAUAUUACAGAGGUAUGCUAUAAAGAAAUGUUUCACUUCUUAAGCGACUAACAUAGGCAAAAUUAAAAAAAAAUAGCGCAUAAGCUGCGUCGGAGUGUAAACCUUGUCGCUCUGUACAUGAACAUGCGGCGCACGUUCUCGCGCGCGGAAUCUCCGCGUCCGCGGGAACGGAACGCCGUUGAAUAAACGUUGAGUCGCAGCGCGUA